AUUUAUGGAUCUGUACAAGGAUUAACGUUGUCUGAUAUCAGCUGAUUAUUUAUGCUAUUUUUUGUGGGUGUUGUUUUGUUGUUAAACAAUUUUCAUCUUUGUGAGCUAUUGUGUAUUUGCUUUAUCAAAUAAGUAAAAUGGAUAAAAACACAGUCGAGUUUGUAUAUAAAUAUAAAAAUUAUGAGGGAAGGGACAGUGCAGCGAGCAUUGAGAUCGAGCUGCCUUUCGAGGGUGAGCAGGCAUCUUUGGACGAGUUAGUUACACGGAUAUUAAGUGGCAUGGAUCCAAUGCAACGUUACUUGGACGAGAAUAUACCACUGAAGUUGGCCCUGCGUGAGUUUAUACAAGUGGAGAAUCAAAAAUUUCUGGACAAAUUCGCAGAAGGACUAUUGGAACAAGCACACAAUAGUGAGCUCGAUUUAGAAGCGGUUAUAAGAAAAACUGAGCGGCAUUAUAAAGACGAGAUAAUACAAUUUGCUGAUCGCAUUGGUCCAAGCGAUGAGGAUAUAUUUGCACAGAGUUUUCAUCGGCUGGUACAUUCAUCUUCACUAGAAGAUAUACUAAAGCGUGAAAGAGCAUACGCGAAAGUUGUAUCGGAUAUAAACAAACAAAUGGAUCAGGAGGUAGAGACGUUGAACUCCACACAACAACAGGAGAUGGAUUUGAAAAUCAAACAGCUGGAUAUCACAACUACAUCAGAAGAUAUCAAUAAUCUGCUGGCGCAACAAUAUAGCACCCAAAAUUAUAUACGCCAACGUUAUGAGUCGGAAUUACAAGCCAAGCGUGGGCAUCAGCGUAAUGAGUACCGUGAUUGGAUUACCAGCCAAGUAGGCAGAAUAUUUGAAGCCUCUCCGGUGGCUACACCCUUGGGAAAUCGAUCAUCUAUGUUUAUAUCACAGCAACCUUCAAUGGAGGAAAGUUUUACAAUACACUUGGGAUCUCAACUUAAACAUAUGCACAACAUACGUAUACUAAGUGCGGAUGUUACAGAUCUCUGCAGUCCUCUGCAUGUGGACGAGAGUUUAAAUGGACUAAAUAUGGCAUUGGGCCUGUAUUCAAGUUCCUUAUGUGGUGUAGUUGUACUAACGCCAUCUAUACAAGCACAGGCUAAUAAGAGUAUUAUAAAGAAUGCCAACAUGUCAACCGAGUUUCACUUUGAGCAGAUAGGCGAUCAGUUGGAGAAAAUUGAAAAACACAUCUGCAUGCUCAACAUUAAUGACUCCAAUACUCCAAGUAUUCACAGCAGUAACAGCACAGGCAAUGGUAGUAGCAAUGCUGAUAUAUUAUUGCCUAAAAAUCCUAUCGGCGGUAGUGGCAGUGGCAGCGCUGGUGGUUCACCUACUAGAAUGCCAACUGCGAAACUAAAGACUGGCGACUUUUUUAUUACCAAACACUCGAAUCUUUCGCAAUCUCAUGUUAUUUUUCAUUUAAUAUCGGAUGAACCUAUUAAUAGUCCGAGUGAGAUUAACUCUCGUCAUCCGGUUAUACUAGGAUUGCGUAACAUUUUAAAGACAGCCAGCCGGCAUGAUGUUACUACACUCACAAUACCAGCGUUGUUGCGGCAUGAAAUGUCUGAGGAUAUGACGGUGCAAUGGUGUAUGCGACGUGCAGAGUUGGUUUUUAAAUGCGCCAAAGGAUUCAUGAUUGAAUCGGCAUCAUGGGGUGGUGCGGAAUUGAGCACUUUACAAUUGCUCCUACCACAUGAUAUCUCUGAAGAGCUGUUUACCACAUUAGCGGGCAUGGUACCAAAUGUAUUUCGGGUAGCCAAUCCUAAAAUUCUUGUAGAUAGAAAUAAGUGAAACGAAAAAGCGUGAAGUUAAGGUGAUUUUUGUUCGUAAAUAAUAGUCGAACUAUAUUUUAUUGAUUAUUAUGCACGAUAUUAUUAUAUAUUCUACAUUUGAAAUGAGACUCGAAACGCUAAAUGCGGACGUAACAUCCUUAAUUCAUUACGCUAAAAUUAAACUAUAACGAAAUGUAAGGCGUGUAUCGCAUAAAAUGAUAAUCGGGUGGUAGUGUUCUUGUAUUACUAAACUACAUAAAAACAAAUGUUCCACUUUUUAUAUUAUUCGUAUAUUAAUCAUAAAUAUGUUUGUAUUUACGCUUUAUUUAAUCAAACUCGAAAAAUUUGAAUGUACAGAGUUCUGUUUAUAUAAUUUUUGUAUUUAAUUUCAAAAUUGCUGUACUAACAAUUCAAAAACGUUGUACACUUUACACAUAGAAUUGUAAAAUUUCCUGUAUUUAUUACGCCACAAAUCCCACAAUGCAAUUAAAUUCUUAAUCCGAACUACUUAAAAGUUUGACUCGAUUUGAAAUCAGUUGUAUAAGAUGCAUUAUCCUUUGUAUUUAACGCAUUUAACUUUUUUAUAUCAUAUUUAACCUUUGUAAAUAGGUAUUAAAUAUACAAUGCAAUUCAACGUUUUCAAUACGUAACAUCGUCGCAGUGUUUUUUUGCAAGUUUUGCAUUUUUUUCUAAUUUUUUUCUCAUUUCUUUGAAGUUUUAUGUUAACAAUAUCUAAUUUGCGUAACGUUUUCAAUUCAUUCCAACUUCUUGCAACCUACAUAGUUUCUGUAUGCAUGCAUGCAUGUGUGCUCUAUAAUUGCGUUAAUAUUCAUUUGUAUGUAUGUAAAUACUUUUAUAAGUAUGCAUGUACGUUGUGUAUGAGGGGUGCCUACGCUAGUAAUACUUAUCAUCGGAAAAUAUCAGUUUUUAGAGUUUUCAACAUUCGUAAGAAAAAUAGAAAAUUAAAUAAAAAUUGUUAUAUAUGUAUAUGUAGGUAUGUACGACUAUUUUGUUCGUGUGUUUUGCCUUAUUAUACUGGCUAUUGUAUUUUGCAGUUGCAUAUAUUUGUUUGUUUCAGAAAAUGUGUUACUCGAAAAAUAGUUUCGUCUUUUAUGUUUAAUAUACGCGUCUACGUAUUUAUGUAAGUAUGUAUAGCAUUUAUUAUAUAAUUAAUAAUCUCCAGUAAAAGGAACGAAGUCGUAUAGAAAAGUAUCAAAAGCUAGGGGGGCAAAUGUAGUAAAUCUUAGCGACCGCCGAUGGAGAAUUUCUACUGUUGUUGCAAAGAAACAAAAGUGAUCACAAAAGAAUUUUUUUGAAUUGAAAAUUUGCUUUAUGUUGCUCGGUGAAAUUGCUACAUUUAAUAAAUAAAAUGAUUGUUAAAAACAUAAUAAAGCUGCGUUGAGCAUUUGUUUUUAUGGGAAAUAAUUAGAGAUCGACCGAACUUCGACCAUUAAUUUCUGCUACAAAGGUUCGG